AUGAACGGCAGCGCACUGAACGGGAAGGGGGAUACCAACGGCGAUCUCCACGACGGUAUCUCAGAGCCCGCACCAGCCAAACCCAUCUCAUUCGACCCGGAAGUCUUUCGUUUAUUCCUUGCUUCUCUCCUUCCUCCUCUCUUUGGCGCCUCUCCGGAAGAGCUAGAGUCUAUCUUUGAUGAGGACUUCCACGAACGCGCCUCUCGUUUCGCUCCCGAGGGCGGCGGUGUCAUCUACGUCGUCAAGAAGAAGGACGAACAAGACUCCGAGGACGCGCCGCCCUCAUACUCCUACAAGAUCACACCCACGCUUACUUACGACCCCUCUCAUGUCACGACCCUUGCCAUCAUCAAGCGAGGCCCUGUCCUCGACUCGACAUUCCCGAUGUCCACACAACUACAUAUUCUCAAUCUCUUCGGCAGCGAUGAGACCCCAUACGAGAGUUUGCACGCCGUCAUCAGCGGCGCAAUGAAGCCCUACUUCGAGGCCUUCGUCGGCGCACGCGGUGGAGGCAAGGACGGCGACUCCAAGAUGGGCAUUCCCGUCACCAAGAAGAAGUUCGCCGAACUAGAGCUCUCCCUUCUGCACCUGCAACAGAACGUCGAAAUCCCGGAAACGCACCUCAUUAUCCACCCCAUUAUCCAGCGGACGGUUGAACAGGCCCUGCAGCAAGGCCACCGGCCAAACAUCUCCGACUUGCCUCCCAAACUCCUCAACGACAGUACCUUCCUCAACACGCUCCAGAAUCACGUCAACCAAUGGAUCAAGUCCAUCCAGACGGUAACCCGCCUUACGCGCGACGUCAGCUCCGGCACCGCAUCCCAAGAAAUCAACUUCUGGCUCAGUCUCGAGCACGCGCUCGAGGGCAUCGAGGUGCAGCUCCGGAGCGACGAGGUCACGAUGGUAAUGGAGGCCCUCCGGAACGCGAAGCGGUUCCGCGCCACGGUCAGUUUCGUCGCCGACACCGGCCUCAAAGACGCGAUGGACAAGGUGCACAAGUACAACCAGCUCAUGAAGGACUUCCCCCUGAACGAGCUGCUAUCUGCGACGGACCUCGACAAGAUCCAGGAGGCGGUCGUGCUCAUCUUCCUGCACAUGAACCGCAAACUCAAGCUCUCGCCGUACCCCGUGAACCGCGUGCUCCCGCUCGCGGAGGCGAUCUCGCGGGACUUCAAUGACGCGCUCCUGCGCGUGCUCACCUCCACGCGGCUACUCUACACGCCGUACGAGACCUUCGAGCGGCUGCUCUCGCAGACCAUCGCCAUCUUCCGCACCUGGGACGACCACGUGAAGGAGUUCACGAACACCGCGCGUGAGGUGACCCGGAAGCGUAAUGAGAAGUUCAUCCCUAUCAAGGUCGUGUCCGCACACGCCAAAAUUCAGGAUCGCAUUCGGUACCUCCGCGACUGGCGCAAACAGCACGAGCAGCUCGCUGUAAUGACUGCGCCUACGAAAGGUCUCGGUGGCGCCGGCAACGAGAUCGGAGGGAUGGACAUGGAGGCCGAGGUCAAGGAAGCGUACGAGGUAAUGAAGCGCAUCGACGUGCUUGACGUCUCAACAGAGGGUAACGAGAUCUGGAUGACGGCCGAGAACGCGUACAACGAGCGUGUCGCACGAGUGGAGAACCAGAUCAUCGCGCGUUUGCGUGACAGGUUGGGUACGGCUCGCAACGCGAACGAGAUGUUCCGUGUAUUCUCCAAGUUCAACGCGCUGUUCGUCCGUCCCAAGAUUCGUGGUGCGAUUCAAGAGUACCAGACGCAACUGAUCGACUCCGUCAAGGAGGAUAUCAAGCGUCUGCACGAGAAGUUCAAAACGCAAUACCGCUUUUCGGAAGCGUACCAUAUGUCGCAGAUGCGCGACCUUCCGCCCAUAUCUGGCGCGAUCAUCUGGGCGCGUCAAAUCGACCGGCAGCUACAGGCGUACAUGAAGCGCGUCGAGGACGUGCUCGGGAAGGGCUGGGAGCUGUACGCCGAGGGCCAGAAGCUGCAGUCCGAGUCCGCCGCGUUCCGCAAGAAGCUCGACGUGCGGCCCGUAUACGAGGCAUGGCUGCACGACAUCAACCGGCGCGACAUGGGCGUCGGCGGGCGGCUGUUCGAGAUCGUGCGCCUGCGCGGCGGCGGGUACCAGCUCGCGGUGAACUUCGACCCGCAGAUCAUCACGCUCUUCAAGGAGGUGCGGAACUUGCUGUGGCAGAAUUUUCAGGUGCCGCACGCGAUCACAAACAUGGCAAAGGACGCGAAGCGUGUGUACCCGCACGCGGUGAGUCUGAUGGAGACCGUGCGCACAUACGGCCAGACGCUCGACCUCGUCGAGCACAACAAGGGCAUCGAGUGGCUCGUCGCGGAGUACCGGAACGAGGCUCAGCGGAUGGUCACUCGCGGAAUGAACAUUCGCUGGGAUUACUUCGUCAAUCAGUACGACACGGCGCGUUAUGUCUCUGGGGACGGCGUACGCGACAACAAGCAUAUUCAGUUCGUUCGAGAACUUGCUAGCAUCGUGUCUAUUCUCCAAGACAAGACGAACAACGUGAUCGAUCUGUAUAAAGACAUCCAGCGUUCGGUAGAGGAUCUAUCAACAUGUCCGUACACGCCUGAGGCAUUCCGUGAUCUCCUCAGCAAGAUCCAGACAGCAAUUGACAGGCUGAACUUGGAAGGUUAUGCGAACCUCGAUCACUGGGUAGCUGAGCUGGACGAGCGGAUAGAAAGCAUCCUCCUGCAGCGCGUGACACACGUCAUCCAGCUCUUCUGCAACGAGUUCGAACGGGCGGAUGACGACGGCAGGAGAGAACCGGUCACGAUCGCCAGCAAGCGGAGAGAUAAGCGGGCAAAGAACGACAAGUCUACGGAUGGGGCGCUGGUACUAGCCCCGAUCAUUCACGAAAUUCGGAUCCAGAACCAAGUCAUCUUCCUCGACCCCCCAAUUGAGCACGCGCGUGCAGUCUGGGUCCAUCAACUGCACGAAUGGCUGGGUACCGUGUGUCGCCUGAAGCGGAUACAGAGUUCGCGAUAUGAGAUCGGGCUGCAGAUGCAAGGCCACACAGCAACGGACGUCACGUACACAUCUCUCCUGACACGAUUCCCUGACACCACGCUCGAGAAGCCAUUCUCGCUCAUCGAGCAGAAAGUGCAGUCACUCAAGCAGUACGUCGCGAAGUGGCUCCAGUUCCAGUCGCUCUGGGACCUUGAGACCGAAUACGUCUUCAACCGGCUCGGAGACUCGCUCGCCAACUGGCAGCAACUGCUCACGGAGAUCAAGAAGGCGCGCUCGACAUUCGACACGACGGAGACGCAGAAGUCGUUCGGCGUGUGCGUGAUCGACUACGAGCAGGUGCAGGCGCGCGUGAACGCCAAGUACGACGCGUGGCAGCGCGACAUCCUCUCGCGCUACGGCGUGAAGCUCGGGAACGCGAUGAAGGAGAUGCACGCCGCGAUCCUCAAGGCGCGCAACGAGCUCGAGCACCACUCGAUAGAGGGCCUCGUCGGCGGCGUCCCGCGCAGGUUCUAG